AUGAAGAAACAAAAACGACAUAUUCUUUUAUUUCUUGACAACACACCAGUUCAUCCUCAAGAUGUACAAUUGGAAAAUAUAAAGUUAAAAUGUUUUCCAGCAAAUACAACAGCAAGAAUACAGCCGUUGGAUCAAGGUAUUAUUAGAGCCUUUAAGGCUUAUUAUGGACGUAAUCUAGUCAAACAUAUUAUUGUAAGUGGUGGUGUAGCUGUUACAACUGAUGAUAUUAAUAUCAUUGCUUUAGGAGGUAUUGAUUAUAAUGCACCAUCAUUUAACGAAUGGGACGAACCAGCUGAUGAAUUAUUAUCGAUCAAUGGAAUUACCAAUGAAGAUGCAGAUAGUAAUGAAGAUCAACAAAAUGAUGAUUUACCAAGUGAAGAACCACUACCAUUAUCUGAAUGUUUACACCUGAUUCGUCGUCUUCGUCUUUUCUCAACAAUGCAACAACCAGAUUUACAUUCUUUCAUCAUUCAAUUACAACCUAAAUUAACUGAUGCAUUACUUGAUUCUAGCUUAUCAAAACAAAGAUCAAUUACAGAUUAUUUCAAAUAUUUACCUGUUGAAGUUCAUAAAAAUCUUAUAAAAUGA